GCAGAGCAGGACCUCCGAAGAGAAAACGGAGCGUGAACCCGGUUGUUGUAGGCUACUAUUUCUCUGGUCCGUUUUCUAUCCGUUUUGGGGUUUGACAGCUGUUUUAGUAGCGGCUCCUCUGUUCGCCUCGUCUGGACCGACUAAACGCCGCGCUUACAGACUCAAAAAUGGAGAUAGAGAAGGAAGUAAAAAAGAUGACCCUCGGACACGAGUUUGGUGCUGGAGCGGCCUGUUUGAAAUGCAAGGACAAGUGUGAAGGCUUCGAGCUGCAUUUCUGGAGAAAAAUCUGCCGAAACUGUAAAUGUGGCCUCACAGAGCACAACGUGCAGAUGGAAUCGGAGGAGAACAAGAAGGUAGGCAAGCUGUUCGAGGACACCAAGUACACCGGCCUCAUCGCCAAGCUGAAGACGGAUGGCAUCCCCAGCUACGAUGGCAGUAUGAUGACCAUUACUCUGCCCAGCCCUGCCACUGCUUACGUUGUACCGCCGAGUGCUUCUUCCACUGUGGUGCCCCCCUCUGCCAUAGCUGGUUCUGUACAGCCUGCUGGAGCUGCUGCAGGUACAGCACCCGGCAGGCCUCAGGCUCCGCAUCAGGCUCCGCAUCAGGCUCCGCAUCAGGCUCCGCAUCAGGCUCCGCAUCAGGCUCCGCAUCAAGCUCCGCAUCAAGCUCCGCAUCAGGCUCAGCCUCAGCCUAUACCUGCCAGUGUCACUCCUAUCAAGGCUAACAAAGUGCCUGUUGCUGUCAGUGCCACAUCAGCCAGUGUGGUACCAGUCCCCAAAGAUGUGCCAAUGAAGCCUGUCACCUAUGACUGGGCACCACCAGUAGCCAAUAAGUAUCUGGCGGUGCGUUACAUUGAGCUGCUCCCACCAGAGAAACGUCCGGUGACCGGUACAGAGGGAGCUGCUUACCGCCGGCAGCAGAUGGCAUGCCAGCUGCCCGAGCAUGACCAGGACCCGUCCAUGUGCCAUGAGCUGAGCCCAGCCGAGGUCAAGCAAAUGCAGCAGUAUGUCCGCAAGUACAAGGAUGAGGCCCUGGGGGUCGGAGAUGUUAUACUGCCUGAAGAGAUGGCUCUGGUUCAGGCAGGAGGGCAGGGUGGAGCUGGGGCUGGAAGCGCACCUGGUGCUGGUGGAGCAGGGUUUGGACCUGGGGUUGGUACACCUGGAGCUGAUGCUGGCCCUGGGGCCGGUGGUGGAGCUGGAGGAGCUGGAUUUAGACCAGGAGUUAGUGGUGCUAGAGCUGGUUCUGGGCCAGGGGCUGCAGGACCUGGAGCUGGGGCUGGAGGUCCUGGCUUUGGACCUGGAGCAGGGGGUAGAGGAACUGGUGGUGCUGGGCCAGUUUCAAGUCCUGGGGGUGGACUGUCUUCUGGCUUUGGGCCCGCUGGAGGAGCCAUGGGUACUACUGCCACUGCUGGAGCCAUUGGCGUCCCUGGAGCUCAGCAACCUGGACUACCACAAAAGGCCUUUUCAUGUAAUCACUGCCAGCAGCCCAUGCGUCUGGGCGAGCCAGCUGUCUAUGCUGAGCGGGCCGGCUAUGACAAGAUGUGGCACCCAGCAUGCUUCGUGUGUUGUACUUGCAACGAACUACUGGUGGACAUGAUCUACUUCUGGAAGAAAGGCAAGCUGUACUGUGGACGCCACUAUGGAGACAGCGAGAAGCCACGCUGUGGAGGCUGUGAUGAGCUGAUCUUCAGUAACGAGUACACUCAGGCUGAGGGCCAGAAUUGGCAUCUGAAGCACUUCUGCUGUUUUGACUGUGACUGCAUUCUCGCCGGAGAGACAUAUGUGAUGGAGAAAGACAAGCCUGUCUGCAAGCCCUGCUACAUGAAGAACUAUGCUGUGAAAUGCUCAGCCUGCCAGAAUGCGGUAGAACCCGAGGCCCAGAGGGUUUCCUACGGCGAAUCCCACUGGCACGCCGAGCCACAGUGCUUCAAGUGUUCUGGAUGCUCCAAGUGCCUGAUCGGCCAGCGUUUCAUGGCAGUGCAGGGCUUCCUCUUCUGCUCUGCGGAGUGCAAAAAGAAAACCAUGGCUUAGAGGGCCAGAACACCCUCCCUCCAUCUUCUCCACAACCACUUGUGAAACCAGGACAGAUUGAGCUUAGACUAGAACCAGAGCAGGGAAGACAAACACAGGUGCAGCUGGAAUAGGGCAGAUAUGUUGGACUAUGGUUGUGUUAACAAAAAGUAGAGUGCCUGAUAAUUCUUAAUAUAGAGAUGUACUAUAAUAAUAAGUCCAUUUGUAUUUAGGUGCUCUUUUCUUUCUGUCAAUGGAAGACCACAGUAUUGAUAAAUCUGUCUAAACUAGACACUUAAACUUCUACCUUCUGGUUUGUCCUUUGCCUUAAAAUCAGCUGUCUUCUUUGAACAAGUAGAUGUUUUGUUGCUUUUCUUGCACUGUGUUUUCUUACUGAUGAGAUUAAUUUUGUAUUGGUUGGAAGCGGCAAUCUAGUUUAAUUUUAAACCUGUAUCAGUUUAAUGGUAAUAGCGCUAUUGUGACCCAAAUAACCCACUGCUGAUUUAAUGUACCAACUUGUACUGCUUUCUUCAUAGAAAAAACUACUGAUAUUCACUCUCAUAUGCAGCAAUAUGACCAGCAAUAUUAGCCAGGUUUUUGGGGUUGAUUUGCACUGUAUUCCAGUUAAAACUGAAAUCAAAUAAUAGUAAUCUUAAUCAAAUCAUUAUGCAGUAGGAUUUUGUUUCUUUUGUAUUAAGAAUUUCAACUUCCUGAAUUCAGGUGACAGGUAUGGAAGUAAAUUGCCCUAACUCUGGUAACAUUUGGCCACAAGCAGCUACUUAUUACACAUUGUCAAAUGAGGUGUAUAGUAUCAUUUUCAUAGUAUUUUAGGGGACAAAACAGUGUGGGGAAUUCCAGUAUACAUCACCUGCUACCAGUUUAUGUGGUGUACCUCUGCAAACUAUGCUAUAAAAACAACAGCCUUGCAAUUAAGUUGUGGUAUGUAGACAUGGUGUAUGACAUGGGUAUUUAUAACAUUGUCCCCUUAAUGUAUGUUAAUAUGGAUAAACAAAGUGCACAAAAAAUAUGGAUUAUAGCAUUUGCUUUUAAAUGACAAAUUGGUAACGCUCAAACUUUAUCCUCAGAAAAAGCUGUUGAAUUAAUGAAACAGCUAUCUAAUAUGGUCUUAAAAUGAUCCGCACCUCCACCGCACAUAACUGCCGCUAGGGAAUGUUCAAGAACAGCGUACUUCAUAAAGAGUUGUUCUACGUAACCCACACACAGCAGCUGUCUUUUGAUUUAAGAUAAAACGUUUCAAUAUUACUCAGAAUGACUGAAAAGCAGGUAAAAAAUCUUACGUUUCCUCUGCUAGAGUCAUCUGCUGCAUUGGCUGCAGUGGUCAGUGUUACUGCGGGACCAGAGGGGUCUGUGAGCGUGACUGGCUGGCCGGCUCGCGAGCUACUCCCACCGGUCGGCACAAGCUUUCCCCGCCACCACUUGCGGAGCUCAUUCUGUUGCUGGCCUCCGUCUGGCGUGCGCAAAGAUGAUGCAGUGAAUCUGUUUUGAAAACAAAGGGGAGGUCUCUCCAUGACUCAAACGCCUUUCCAAUGUGGACCCGUAUUUUUGCCCGUUGAUCUGAUUCUCAUUUUGGCAGUCGGGCUUCAGCAAAUAAAACUUUUUUUUGUUUGUUUUUAUCUUUACAUGGAGUUUGUAUUGGAAUCUGUGUUGUGCUGGGAGCUGGUUGUUUUUCGGCAUUACCGGUCUCCAUUUUGUUAGCUAGACAGCUAGAUUUUGAAAGUCUCCAAUGGAAAUAAAUCCCACCCCCUCCCUUCAGCUUCCAAAGCCAUUCACUAAAACACAUUUAGGUAGAUAAGCAAGUAGUCCAGCCAAUCAUUUCAUUUGUUCGGCGCUUUUUUCAAUGCUGCAUCUGCCACAGAUACUGGAUUUUUAAUUUUUUUGUUAGCACAUUUGAUUGCUGUUGGCAUGUAAAGGGAGUUUCAACAAAUAUAACAAUACUAAAUAAAACAAAAUACUUCUGAAUAAAUUGCCUACCCCACCUUUAAUUGAGGAAAACACUGGAAAUUGCUUCAUAUAAAACUAUUUUGUGUCACUAUUUUUGUGCCAUGUUUUUCCUUUUAUGCAAUAAACUGCACUUUAAAUAGGUUUUUCUUUUUCCAGUAAUCCCUGAUUACAUGAUUCCCUGAAUGCAUGUGAGUUUUUCACUUAACAGCUAAUAAAAGCCCCUACAGAGGUCUUUUCACUUA